AUGCAUGCGAGGGCUUUUUCUUCUUCCUUUACUCCUGAUCGUUAUUUUAUUUUUUGCUGGUCUCGUGUCCACUUACCAGAAGGGGCGUCCCUCAACACCAACCCUGCAUGCUUUUCUCUCCCUCCCCCUUCUCUCUCUCUCUCCUCUCCAGCGCCUCUCCUUCUCCUGUGUCGCCUGUCCUUUGGCAAAGACCGCAGUCGGGUAUUCCUCCGUCUAUUAUCGCCCAUGUGUUUUGAGAUGUUUCGGUUCAAGCCGUCGUCGUGGUUUUCCUCUAGAGACACCAUGGACAGCCAAGCGCCGCAGGUGGGCGCCGCCGCUUCCAUCAGCUGCAUCGAGCAGUCCCUCUGCCAGAUUCCGAUAUUCUCAAACGCCGUCUACUACCCCAAUUGGCGGAUAUACAAGAGUAGCCCUCCGUCCUCGCUGAAGCUGGGCUACGUCUCGCAUGUUUUUUAUGCAUUUGCUUGGGUCAAGCCAGAUGGCACAGUAUAUUUGAGCGAUGAAUGGGCCGACGAACAGAUGCCGGUAGACGGUGCAAAGGGUUGCAUCAGAGCGUUCACCCAGUCGAAGCGGCAAUAUCCACAGCUAAAGGUCAUCCUCUCAAUCGGCGGCGGAGGGGCUGGCAGCGAGAACUUUGCAGCCGUUGCAGCGGAUCCAGUUUUGACAGCGAACUUCGUGGAGACCGCAAAGAAUCUGGUAGACAAGUUCAGCCUUGAUGGGCUAGAUGUUGACUGGGAGCACCCAUCUGACCCCCAGCAGGGUAUAAAUUACAUAUCUCUCCUCGCUGCUCUUCGAGAACAGCUGCCGGCGCCUCAAUACAUCCUCUCAUCCGCCCUGCCGGCCGGUCAGUGGGCCCUGCAACAUAUCAAUCUACACCUAGCGCAAUAUUACCUUGAUGUAAUAAAUGUCAUGACAUAUGACUUCUCCGGCCCAUGGGUACCGCAAUGCGGCCACCAAUCUCAGCUCUUCGCUCCCGAACAACCCCAUAACGAUGCCGCUCAUCUCUCAUGCAGCUCUGCCGUUUCAUACUUGCUCGCCCAAGGUGUUCCGCCUCAUAAAAUCUUAAUGGGUAUACCGGUAUACGGUCGUGGUUUCCCUGGUACCAACUGUGUUGGACAGUACUCAUGUCCCGCACCUGAUGGAUCCGACAAACCGGUAGAUGAUGGCGCAGGUAACGAAAAAGAGAUAGUAUUCGACUACUGUGAUCUCCCCGUGCCAGGUUCGAUAGAGCAACAUGACCCUGAAGUUGGUAAUGCGGCGUUUUGCGUCGACAACGAGCAGAAUUCCGGGUUCAUCUCGUACGAUUCACCACAGAGUGUCAAGUUGAAGGCACAGUUUGUUAAGCAGACGGGUCUGGCGGGGCUGUUCUAUUGGCACAUUGCCGCAGACUCGACUACUGCAGCCAGAAGUCUGAUUGCUACAGGGUAUAAUACCAUGCAUGAUUUGUAG